AUGUCGGGACCUAUUUUGCAGGAAAAAGCCUUAAAGUUUCGAAACAAACUAAAUGAAGCAAAUUUUGAAGCUGUUCAAUUGUUUAGGAAUAAACUUCACAAGUCAUUGGAUAAGGAAAACUUAACAGGCAGUCAAAUUUUUAACUGUGAUGAGACUGGUGUCAACUACAAAAUGUUACCAGAUAAAACAUUAGCGUCAAAGGCUGAAAAGGCAGCGCCAGGCUACAAACGUAGCAAAGAAAGAGUGACAAUUCUUGCAUGCAGUAACGCCACAGCAAAUUUGAAAAUGAAGCUGUCUAUGAUAGACAUUUUUAAAGAAUGGUUUUUUAAUGAGUUUGUGCCACAAACUGAAAAGUUUUUGAGUGCCAACAACUUGACCCGCAUAGCACUGUUGCUUCUAGACAAUGCCACUUGUCAUCCUAACGAAGAUGAAUUUCAAGAUCAAGAUAUAAAGGCCAUGUUUUUGCCUCCAAAUGUCACAUCCUUAUGUCAGCGUAUGGACCAAGGGACCUUAGAGACACUGAAGAGAAACUACUGCAGAAACUUGCUUUCCUCUUUAAUUAAUGCUAUGGACAAGGGAGAAGACAUGCUAGAGUAG